AGUAACGACCACUUCUUGAGGUCUGAACGACGUCGUUGGUCUCCUUAUUUAUGUGCUGAGAUCCCUUAACCGAGUCGAGUGAAAGGAAGCUCGACUCGGGUUGACUCGUCCUCUGCAUCCUGUGACAGCUUCAAGCCUCUGUUGGUUCUCCAUCAAUGUCGAUCAUCACUUGCAGCUGUGCUUCAUAGAGAUCAUGUCCGAUUACAAGAAGGAUCUAAGGAGGAAGUAUUUCGUGGUGACGGGAGAGGAACCCAACGAGGAGAUGAUGGAGAAGAUAACUUCAAGGAGUGGUGGGGUCGAGUUGAUGUUGACGGCGGCGGCGGCGGCGAAAGGGAGGAACACGGGGGACUUGCAAAGAGAGGAGAGGCACCAAGCAGUGCUGGAUAGACAGAGGAGCUUGACGAACCUUUACGACGGCUGCACAAGCUUGCGCCUCCAUUGCUGGGAGACAGAUCGAUAUCGAUCACUCCUCCGCUGGCGCCGCCUCUUGGGUACAGCUUUCGCAGUUGGUAAACGUAGGGGGUGGGUGGAAAGGUAGAAGAUACUGGUUGGCGAGCGACGAAAGUUUGGCAAUCGGGGAGGAUCGGAAAGGGAAGGGAAGAUCGACGGCAACCACGAUGAAGAAGAUGAGGAGGUUAGAGAUGGGGAUGCAUUGGAGAUUGGGAAUGGUUGAUUGGGUUUUUUAGGGAGGUUAGGUCAAGAACGGGUCACGGGUUGGGUUUAAUGAUGCGGAGGGUUGGUUUUAAGUUUUUUAUUUAUUAAAAUUGAGUGAUUGUACAUUUCUGUUAUCCACGUCAGCAAAAAAUUGACGUCGUUAACGAAGACUAACGGAAAGUACGGAGAGUGACCAAACUUAAAAUGUUUAACUAAUCAUAGUGACGACGAAUGGAAUUAAAUAUUUCUAGUGGCU